AUGUUCGCCAUAUUUCUGAGACGUCGAAAAUGCAAUAAUGCGAAAAGUCGAGCGGUGAGGCGAUUAUUAGAAUAUAAUCCACAAGGGAUGUAUAAUAUCUCAUCAGUACCACGGCUGACGAAUAAACCUCCUCGUUCUCGUGAAGUGGCAGUACAAACAGUGAAGGUAAAAAGCAAAAAGGUUGGAGAGUCGAAUUCGUGGUCUGACUCUUCGCUUCAUACUUCUAGACUGAUGAAGGAAAAAGUGGGAUUAUCGCCAGGUAGAGAUGAAUUACCAUCGGCAUCAUCGUGUAGAAAACGUGUUCAUCAUUAUCAUCAUCAUGAUAAGAAAAUGUCUCAACGCACUGCUUCGCAUGGUGAAUUAUCGUCUUCCCAACAAUUUCUCGACGUGAGAAAUUUACUCGGUGACCACUGUUCUCAUUAUUAUUCUGAUCAUCAUAAUCAUCAUGAACAUCAAGAAUGUUCAAACAAGGCAGAAAUAUCACCAAAUCAAGGAAUAUCCAACCCACAUAAAUUAUUCAGAAGAUUUAUAAAACACCCAAGAGAUAUUGACGAGGAUUCUGAAGAGACAGCAAUUACAGCUGACACAACUGUCGUAUUUGGUUCUUUGCCUACACCACUGGGAAAUGUUCAUAAACUCAAACCGACGGAUUUCUGA